AUGACUGUCACACACGGCGUUGGCCCCAAAGGAGUUGCGGUACCCGGGUCCAGUAAAGUCCAAGUAAUUAUCAUCGGGCUCGGGAUUGCUGGUCCGGUCGCGGCCAUUGAGUGCUAUUACAAAGGACACGUGGUAGUUAGCCUUGAGAGAAGUCCACGGGUUACAGUACUGGCAAAGCUCUGUGAUGUCAGCUUGAAUGGUCAGGGUUGUUUAUUGGCUGGAGCAGGACAUAGCAUUGCCUUGGGAAGUAAUGCGACAAAGGUGGUACAAGGUUAG